AUGGAAGACAAGUUUGAUGAAGGUCCGCGCAACUACAACGAUGAGUCAAGUGCCGUUGAGUUUGAUGAUCAAGACGAGGACGAAGAAAAAGAAGAAGGUAAAACUGACGACGACAUGGACUCGAGCGACGAUGACAACGAAGACACCAGGUCUUCAAAGAGCAACAUCAAGAGACACACGCGCACUCAAUCACUUGAGAAAGCUACCGUCAUUCCAAGUCCCAAGCAAAGAACGUACAGAGGUCCGUCGCUUGAGCAUGUGUCAGCGGCUGCAAUGGAUUUUGAAGCAGCCUACAUCGUUGAUUCAGUGGGGAAACGCCGACUACAUUCAAAGAAACGACACGUGGGAAAUCGUGCCUCUUCCGAAGGUCGCAAGGCCAUCGGGUGCCGAUGGGUUUUUCGUGUAAAGGAGAAUCAAGAUGGCGAAGUUGAACGUUUCAAGGCAAGACUUGUGGCCAAAGGAUUCUCACAGAAAUUCGGAGUUGACUAUGAAGAAACUUUCGCACCGGUGGCCAAGUUCACAUCGAUUCGUGUGGUGCUCAGUAUGGCGGCCAAGUACGGCCUAAUGCUACAUCAGAUGGACGUCAAGACAGCGUUUCUUAACGGCUCCCUCAACGAAGACAUCUACAUGGACCAGCCGGACGGAUACCUGGAUGCAACACAGCCGGACUAUGUGUGCAAGCUAAAGAGAUCACUCUACGGCUUGAAGCAAUCGCCUCGCAUGUGGAACCAAACAAUCGAUGGGUUCAUGAUCAAGAUGGGAUUCAAGAAGUGCGAAUCGGACCACUGCAUCUACAUCAAGCGAGACGACCAAGACAUGAUUCUCGUGGUGCUCUACGUCGAUGAUCUCAUCCUGGCCAGCAGCAACAACGAACUCCUCAAGUCGACCAAGAUGGCGCUGAGCAAACGCUUCGAAAUGACGGAUCUCGGUGAGCUCGAUUACUUUCUUGGCAUGGAGAUCAAGAACGACCGUAAGACGGGAAUGGUGACUGUGCAACAAACCAUGUUUCUCAAGUCCGUGUUGACCAAGUUCGGAAUGGAUAACAGCAAGCCAGUGAAGACGCCUCAAGAUCCCGGCCUGAAGCUAACCAAGAACAUGUGUGAACAAGAAUGCAAGCACGAAGACACCAUGUGCAACGUGCCAUAUCGAAGUGCUGUCGGAGGCAUCAUGUAUCUCAUGGUCGCCACACGUCCGGAUCUAGCUGCUGCAGUGGGAUCAUUAUCCCAGUUCUCGUCCGACCCAUGCCCGACUCACUGGCAAGCUUUGAAGCGUGUGCUGAGAUACCUGCAAGCAACGCCCAAUCAUGGUCUUGAGUUUACACGUGAAGAAGGAAGCCGUAUCUGCGGGUACACCGACGCAGACUGGGCCGGCGACAUUGAGUCAAGCCGAAGUACAAGCGGCUAUGUGUUCAUGAUGAACGGAGGAUGCAUCAGCUGGAAAAGCCAGAAACAACGGACUGUUGAAAAGACAGCGGCUGUGAAGAAGACACCUCGUCAAGCUGCGUCAAGUGUUGAAGCAAGUGGAAGACCAAGCUUCGCUAUACCGGUGGGUACCGGUAUGUACCAGUAA